GCAGCCCUAGGGGGCGCCGGUGCGGGGCUGUGUUUGCGGAACAGUGCCGGCGGCCCGGAGACGGAGGCAUGGGGGCGGGUGUAAGGCGCGGGGGAGCUCGGAAGGGACGGAUAUUGCUGUGACACUGCGGGGAGGCUCCGAGGGGACUCGUGUCGGUGUGGCACCGGGGCACGCUGAGGGAUCCGGCAGCAGCGGGUGGCCAUGGGGACGUGGGCGUCGCUGGAGGCGGUGUGGGAGAUGCCGGCCGAGAAGCGCAUCUUCGGGGCCGUGCUGCUCUUCUCUUGGACGGUGUAUCUGUGGGAGACCUUCCUGGCACAGCGACAGAGGAAGAUAUAUAAAACUACAACUCAUGUGCCCCUGGAAUUAGAACAGAUCAUGGAUUCAGAAACAUUUGAGAAAUCUCGACUGUACCAGCUGGAUAAAAGUACUUUCAGCUUUUGGUCUGGAUUCUAUUCAGAGAUUGAAGGCACUCUUAUUCUUCUGUUUGGAGGAAUCCCUUAUCUCUGGAGACUUUCUGGACGGUUCUGUGGCUAUGCUGGCUUUGGAUCAGACUAUGAGAUCACUCAGUCCUUGAUGUUUCUGUUGUUGGCUACACUUUUCAGUGCACUGACUGGUUUGCCAUGGAGUCUUUAUAAUACCUUUGUGAUAGAAGAAAAGCAUGGUUUCAAUCAGCAGACAUUGGGAUUCUUCAUGAAAGAUGCAGUCAAGAAAUUUGUUGUAACCCAGUGCAUUUUGUUGCCUGUGUCUUCACUUUUACUGUACAUUAUUAAAAUUGGAGGUGACUAUUUUUUUAUUUAUGCCUGGCUGUUCACAUUAGUAGUUUCUCUGGUGCUCGUCACAAUCUAUGCUGAUUAUAUUGCCCCUUUAUUCGACAAGUUUACACCUCUGCCUGAGGGAAAGCUUAAACAGGAAAUUGAAGUCAUGGCGAAGAGCAUUGAUUUUCCUUUGACUAAAGUGUAUGUUGUUGAAGGAUCUAAACGCUCUUCCCACAGCAAUGCUUAUUUUUAUGGCUUCUUCAAGAACAAGCGAAUAGUUUUGUUUGACACUCUACUAGAAGAGUAUUCGGUACUAAACAAAGACAUCCAGGAGGAGUCGGGCAUGGAACCCCGCAAUGAUGGAGAAGGGGACAGUGAAGAAAUUAAAACUAAAGUUAAAAAUAAGAAGCAAGGGUGCAAAAAUGAGGAGGUGCUUGCUGUACUCGGUCACGAGCUGGGGCACUGGAAGUUGGGACACACGGUCAAAAAUAUAAUUAUUAGCCAGAUGAAUUCUUUCCUGUGUUUUUUCUUGUUUGCUGUAUUAAUCGGUCGAAAGGAGCUUUUUGCUGCGUUUGGUUUUUAUGACAGUCAGCCGACUCUAAUUGGUCUCUUGAUCAUCUUCCAGUUCAUUUUUUCGCCUUACAAUGAGGUUCUUUCUUUUAGCCUAACAGUCUUGAGCCGCAGAUUUGAGUUUCAAGCGGAUGCAUUUGCCAAGAAACUUGGGAAGGCCAAAGACUUAUAUUCUGCUUUAAUCAAACUAAACAAAGACAAUCUGGGAUUCCCCGUUUCUGACUGGCUCUUUUCGAUGUGGCAUUACUCUCACCCUCCGCUCCUCGAGAGACUUCAGGCUUUGAAAACGUCAAAAGAAGAUUGAGUUGCCCAGGGUCUGCAGCCGAAGACAUUGGUGAUUAUCUGUGUCCUGGCAGCAUGUUCCGGCUCUUGAUGUUUUUUAACUUUUUUUUUUUUAAAGAAAAAUUAUUAAGAAAGGUCCAGAUUUAAAUACAUUUAGUAUCUCAUUUCAAAAAUGAAUUUAAUGAUCCAUUUCUUAAAGAAAAUAUUAGAUGAAAUUUUCAGGCUUAAUGCUUUUAAAGGCAUAGUUUUAUCUUUAACAUCUGUUUUACCAUCAACUUGUCAAGUGAUUUGAGAAAAUUCAGAGCUUUUUUUUUACUCCCACGCCUAUACGGAGUCUGCAUAUGAGGUGCUGGAGGGCAUGGUGAGUGGCACACGCUUCUCUGACACUGGCUGGUGGCGGGACCCUUGCCCCAGGCUUUGUGCUCACUCUGGGGAUGAGGCUUGCUCUUACUGCCAUGCUGUCAUGGUUUAACUUGACCAAUCAGUGUUUUAAAUAAGGAAGAAAGAUCAUUUACAAAGGCUAAUAUUUAUUCCAUCGGAACUCACUAUUAUACUGUCUGCUCUACCAAAUUUCUCCAUUUCCUCUCUUACAAUGUACUGAUCAGGGUUUCUAGGAGUGCUUUGAAAUGAGGAAAAAUUAUGUAUCAGAUGUUUGAACUCUUGUGGGUUUGUUUCUGCUUCUAAAGAAAAUCUUAGGCUUCUUUUCCACCUCUGCAUAUUUAGGGCUAGACUAGUACCUUUUUUUUAAAAAAACAUUCAACUUUUUCUCACUCUUUUAUCUUAUAAACUGUAUCCAGAAAUUGCCAUCUUUUAUGGGUUUUGCUAUUUUAAAAGUGAUAAUGUAAAAAAGAAGUGACAUUUUAAGAGGCAUAAGGGUGAAAUAUUGAUGAUUUUCCUAUGAUAUUACAGGGAAAAUAUAGUUUUCUAUUGCUUAAAGGACCGAAGAGUUUCCAUUUUUAUUUUUGUAAUUUUCAGCAGCUUAAUCAGAAAUACUGUUUAAUCAGGCCUGAGAGUGGUUUUGAAACAGUUCUUGAUAUGCAGAUAAUUUUAUUUCCCAAACGAGUGUCAUGCAAUGUGUCUUUCACCACUUUGAAGCUGAAUGUUUUCUUCAAAUCUUUAUCCACUUUCUGAAACUUACUUUGUGCCUGGGGCCCCCACCUGCUGGUAAUGUUUAUGUACUGGGCACUGAUCCCAGUGGGAUGAGCUGUCACCCUCUAUAUCCGGCAGAGACUUCUGCUUGUCUGAUGUUUGGGUGAUGCCUUUACAUGGAAAUACAAUAAAAUAAACGUGAAUGUGGUAUUGCA